UAAUGUGAAUUAAAGCUGCAGUGGUCUCAAGGAUGGAAGCAGGUAGCUGACUAAGUGCCGAUCCCUGCAAAAUCGAAUUCCCUCUGGGAACAGUUUUCCAGGGAAGCUCUGUUCAGUUUGCAAACAGGAGUUCCCCCUCCCCUGGAUAUGGAGAGUCUGACUGGGAGCUGGGGCAUCAACGCAUCGGCAGGAUUUGGCACAGCGAAUAUCUCGGAAGCUGGGGAUGUCGAGCUGCUAGACAAGAACACCGUGAUGCACAUUUUACCCUCGGUCUACGGGGUCCUGUGCAUUGUCGGGGUCGGGGCGAACUGCCUGGUCAUCUACACUCUGCUGGCUUGCAAAGCCAAAGGGGUCUCAGACAUCUACGUGCUGAGCUUGGCCAUUGCAGACCUGCUGUUCCUCCUGGGGAUGCCUUUCACCAUCCACCAACUGGUCAGGGACCGGCACUGGGUGUUCGGCCAGUUCAUGUGCAAGGCCAUAACUGUGCUAGAUGUCACCAACCAAUUCACCACAGUGGGCAUUGUCACCGUGCUGUGUGUGGACAGAUAUAUUGCAAUUGUGCAUCCCACCACCGAGAAACGAACCAUCUGUCGGACAGUGCUUGUAAAUGUCCUUGUUUGGCUUGGCAGCUUGUUACUGACAAUCCCAGUCAUGCUAUAUUCCAGGACGAUCCAGACAGGAGGCUCGGAAAUAUGUGCCCUGGACCUGCCCUCUGGAGCAAAGGACAUGUACUGGUAUACACUCUACCAGUCUAUACUGGGAUUUAUCAUUCCUCUGAUUAUUAUAAGCACUUUCUACUCAAUGACUCUCUUCCACGUCUUUAAAUCACUCCGAAGAGUUGGCAGGAAGCAAUCCGUGCAGGCAAAGAGAGCGACCAAGACUGUUCUCAUGGUGAUUGGUGUCUUUCUGGUUUGUUGGUUGCCUUUUCACGUGAUGCAGGUGCUCAACCUAACCUCCGUGACCCCCACCUUGCUCUUUCUUUACAUCUAUCACGUUAGUAUCUGUCUGAGCUAUGCUCACAGCUGUGUCAACCCUCUCGUUCUCCUGUUCUUCACAAAGACCUUCCAAGAGCGUUUGUGUGGCACAGUGGCAAAGAGCAGUUCCACCUCUCAUGUCAAGUUGACCACCACCAGAAGGGCUGGUACCUGUGAAAGCAUAGAGAUAGAGUGUAAGAGCUCAGUGUGAAUGCUCUCUGAAUAGGUGACACCCACUUAACACAAUGGAACCACAUUGUUCCCACUGUAAUAAAGACACUGCAAGCCCUCAGCAACUGGAGAGAGGGACUCUGUUAACAUUUC